UAGAACAAUGACUUCGAUAGAAGAUUGUAAUCAUUAUAGAGGUAGAAGAUGGAAAAUGUAAGUUUAUGGAUUCAAAAUGAGGACUUGUGCAGUGAUAGGGAAGAAUUAUGAUAUGAAGACUCUUCAAAGUCAUAGCUAUAAAUGCUAUUCAAUCACAAAUCAGUGUUAGGUAAACAACAGAUAUGAAUCGCUGAGGUAACAAAAAACAAGCAACAGACAUGAACACAUCCAGAGACUUUCUUCCUUUUUGCUAUGUCCAAGACAUGACUGCAUCUUCCCAACUAAGUCUCUCCCCUAUUGCACCAGGUAGGUACGUUUUGAAGUGUGCUAGGAUUUCAAGAGUUAGCGAAGAUAGCCAAAACUUCAUAUCGAAAGCCAAAAACUUGGAGGAGGUAGAGGUUCUGGAUAAUGAUUAUGUCGAUGGAGCUGACAGCACCUGCCAGUAUAUAGAUGAUAAUCUAGACAUUGAUAUGGACUGCGACCAAAACGGUGAAUUGUCAGAUGUUCCUGACAAUGAAUCUGGUAUGACUUAUAAUUAAUAAUGUGUAAAACAGGUAAAUUGUAUUUUCUUGAAACCUGUUUUUACUUCAUAUCAUAUUAAGGAUGAGUUAUAUAUAAACAUUGCUGGCUGUGAGAGUUAUAUGUUGUUCAUGUAUCAAUCAGACAUAAUAAUCAAUUUGUUUUUUCAACAAUCUGAUAUAGUUCAAUAAUGCCACAAUUUAGAGUUUUUUUUGUUUAUUGUUUGUUUUUUCUGUUUAUUAUUUGAUAACAAUAAUGUAGUUGAAUAGAGUUCUCAUUAAUCAUACUGUUAAAAAAAUAAAGGACUGAUUUUUGGUCGACAUUCAAGAAUGCCGUAAUUUAGAGUACUUACUUUUAUACAAUCCAAUAUUUUUGGCUUCUUAUAAUCAAGUAUAGGAUUUCGUGGAGGAUAUUAAGGUGUUGGCGUGGCGUUGGUGUUUGAGUUGUUUGAGUUCGCCGACUUUUUUGUUUUAUGAAUGGCGGUGGAACCCAAAAAGAGUGAAUUUUGCGGUAAAGGGGAAUUUUUUUUGUGACUUCAGGUUGAGGCUAGGGGGUAUGCGACGUCUGCUGUUUCUGUUUUUCGGUGCUGCCAGUUGUAUAUUUCAGCCUCAAUUGUGUUCAGUUGCGGCUUCUGCUGUUUCUAUUUCUGCAAUUUACGGUGCUGUUUCUGUUUUUUGCUUCCUCCAUGCUGUCUGUUUGCUGUCAGCAGGCUUUGAUUCUGUUUUUUUGGGCGGAUUAUAGGGUAACAUCAAGGAAAGGUUUGAAAAUACUCAUAACUGAUGAAAAUGGUGAUUGCAUUGAUAACACAACCAAUGUCGUAUACAAGGAAGUAUUUCAGAAUGUAUAAACUUCGACAUACAAUAUAAGAAUCAAUUAGCUUAUUUUGUAAUUCACUUUAUCUAACAUUUUCAUUAUUUGUAUUUUCAUAUUAUGCUUAAUUUUAUUUGUUACUAUAUAAGACUGGCUUGAAACUA